AUGAGCUUGUCGCAGCUUGUAUUCGAUCACGAAUGUCGCUUUCUGAUGAUCUUCGACACUUUCAUGGAACAAAUAUAUUCCUUUGACUUUUACGAAAUGGAAGAGGGAAAAGAAGACAGCUACUGCUUGAUGCCCGUGACGAGAUACUUCGUUUGUAUCAAGGCAUGGAUAUUCUCAUCGCGCGCCCGAUCCGUAGCAGCAGCAGCAGCAUUCUCACACUCCACAUGCUCCAUCACAUGGGUCUACUCCUCGUCCAAAGACCGUUUCUCAGAGAAGAUACCACCAGCGGCCUAUAUCGUAUGGCGAUCCGCUCUAUGUAUGAAUCCGCCGUGUCUAUAA